ACACCUGAGUGACACCAGAAGGAACAUUGUCUCAGGUAUGCAGGUGCUGAUUGGAUCCUAAAUAUAAAUAAAUGUAAAUGGGCCUCAGUGCGAGACAAAUCAGAGCAGUUUUCCCCACUGACCCAGUUUAAAACAGGAUAGAGGUUUUUUUUUUUUUUAUUUUAAUUUCAUUCAUUUAUAUUCCCGGUUCCUUGCCUCUGGAUGAUGAAACGGAAGGUUUGGGUCAUUUCCAUGCCCCUGUGUAUGGUCCUCAUAUUCCUGUUCGUCCGAAUCGAAUUCAGAUCUCGUUUGCACGAUUUCGUCGAUUCCGGUGAGCCGAAGAUGUGCGCGUGCACGAGCUGCGUGAAGGAGCCGCAGAAGGAUCCGUGGUUCAUGGAGCGCUAUGACGGCCGGGUGCCAAUAUUUAUGAACAGGACCAACAGCAAGCUCAGUGAGCCCACGCAGAACUGGUGGAUGAUGCUACAACCAUACCAUAAAAUGAAAUACAGAGAUGUUGUGGAGCCUCUAUUCUUACACUUCCCUGAUAAGGAGCACUACAAUGAUGCUGGUCCUGACCGCUGCAGAACCUGUGCUGUGGUGGGCAACUCGGACAACCUGAUUGGAUCCCAUUAUGGUCACCUAAUAGAUUCUCAUGACUUCAUUAUCAGGAUGAAUCAGGGUCCCACUGUAGGCUAUGAGAGGGAUGUGGGUUUGAAGACCACACACCGAGCCAUGUACCCUGAGAGUGCUAUGGACUUGGACAACUCCACCCAUCUGGUGCUGCUGCCAUUUAAAGUUUUGGACAUGGAGUGGCUCAUUAGUAUCUUCACCACCAAAAACAUUACACGCACAUAUAAAAAUAUUAAACCAACAAUACAAGCAAACAAAGACAAGGUGAUGAUCAUGAGCCCUGAGUUCAUGAGAUAUGUCUACAAGAACUGGUCAAUGGAACAUGGGAAAUAUCCUUCCACUGGCUUCCUCACACUCAUGUUGACCCUGCAUAUUUGUGACCAGGUGAAUGUUUUUGGAUUUGGAGCAAGGAAAAAUGGAAUAUGGUACCAUUACUAUGAUAAAACAUAUCAUCAGAGUAUGCACUCAGUCGAGCACAAUGGGAACAUUGAAUACAACUUCAUGCUGGAACUUGAAAAGAGAAAUAAAAUUAAAAUGUAUAAAGGAUGGCAACAUGAGACAUACCAAAAUGUGUCAGAUUAGAUGGUUAAAGAUUUCAAGAGACAGAUCCCUCUAUGGUUCUGACCUUUAACCCUCAUUGCAUGGAUGUGGCACUGACUCAGACCAAUUCCUUAGAUUUAGUAACAAUACAACUGUAAUGCUUUGCCAGUGUUCCCAAUCAAUUAUCACCAACAAUAAAGCCUGCUUCAGAUAAAUAUAAAAUACAGAAAAGAGGGAACAUUUCAUCUGAUGCUCCCAUGUUACCUUUUUCCUACUUAUUUGUUGGUUUUAGUUUUUUGCUUUUGUUUGUUUUGUUUUAUUCAAAAUAAAUCAAAGUUUGAAAUGAAAUACUGUAUAUAGGUACACAUACUAUAUAAAUGCUAUUUGUACUGUAAAUAUACAUUUACUGUUGUUAUGCACAAUUUCUAGAAUAUUUUAUGUAUUUAAACUGUCUUUGAUCCUGGGGUGGGGGAGUAUCAUAUGCCCUAGCAGGACCUAGGUAUUUGUAAUAUUUAAUUAAUCUAUUUAAUUGGAGGUCCACAAAAGGUUUUCUCACUGAGAAAUAGCGGUAACUGGAGGACUAUACAUCCCAAUAACAUGUAGUAAGCAACAGGUUCAUCACUGAAAGAUCUAGUGGUUUUUAGGACAGAAGAUACGGGUAACUCUCCACACUGCCAAAUUCCUUAUUAAUGCUCCUCAGUAAACAUUUGAAUAUAUUUGAGUUAAGAGUCUAAUUUGCUCUGUAACACAGUGUAGUUAUAUUGUAACAACAUGCUUAUUUUUUUCAACCUGUUUGGAUGAAACAUCUCAUGAAAUUAAAGCAAUCCUUGGAAUA